AUGAAGCUCGAGCUACUUGUUCUGCGCUGUGGACAAGUGCUCCUCAUGGAUCUUGUCGAUCGCGCCCUCGAGGCCUUGGCGAUGGAUGCCAUUGAUGCUUUGCGCGUCUUUUUCCUGCUAGCCGCUGCCACCACUAUCACAGUUAGCAUCCCCUCAUCCCUACGCUCCCGUUUCUUAGUCUAUGGCCCCCGUGCCGUGGCGAACUCAACACCUGAAUCCGAGCCAAAGGACCCCACCUCACUGGGGUUGCUCGACUACCUCGCCACCUGGCAGGUUCCUCACAGUUACUUCACCCAGUUCUAUAUCGUAUCCGUUCUUUCUUCCGCAUUCUGGGCGAUUCAGCUAGUCUUCCGGGGCCGAGUGUUCCAGCUAAUCGCGACACGGAUUAGCGAAGAGCAUGCACAGCAAUCCAUGACUCUCACGCAGGUCCUGAUUUGCUGGAUUCUGCUAGCCAUCCAAGGAUCGCGCCGGUUAUGGGAAAGUCACAAGUUUGCCAAACCCUCAUCGUCACAGAUGUGGGUUGUACACUGGGUACUGGGAUUGGGUUUCUACCUGGCUGCGGGUGUGGCCAUUUGGAUUGAAGGAUCGAGCAGUAUCCUGUCGCAAAAGCUCACAGUUGACGAUGUGAAAAUGACCAAUGCCCCGACGGUGCGAACCUUUUUCUGUAUUCCGCUGUUCUUGAUGGCCUCGGGCUUACAGCAUGAUUGUCACCAUUUCCUCUUCUCCCUGAAGAAGUAUAAUCUUCCCGACCACCCUAUUUUCCGUGCGGCAGUGUGUCCUCACUACGGAGCCGAAUGCAUCAUCUAUUUAUCCCUUGCAUUUCUGGCGGCACCGCCGGGUCAGAUGGUCAACAAGACUGUGUUGGCGUGCUUCGCCUUUGUGGCCGUAAAUCUCGGCCUGACAGCACGUACCACGAAAGAGUGGUAUAUGCAGAAGUUCGGCAGAGUGGCUGUACAGGAUCGAUGGCUUAUGAUUCCUUGGGUAUAUUGA